GACUCCCCUCCUGCACCAGCUGCAAUGGUCCAGUCCAGGGUUGCAGAAACCGUAGCCGGACAGGGGUGACCGGAGAUACAGAGACACAUCGGGGAUACAGUCACCGGAGAGACAGACCGGAGGGAAUAUCGGGAGGAACUGCCGACACACAGAACUGGACCAGUGACAGUACCCUGAACUGCACCUGGAUUCUGAUCAGUUACAGUACCCCAAAUCCUGAUCAGUGACUGUACCCCAAAUUGCACCCAGAUCCUGAACAGUGACUGUACCCCCAAUCCUGAUCUGCACCCAGAUCCUGAUCAGUCACUGUAUCGUGAUCUGAAUCCAGACCCUGAUCAGUAUCUGUACCCCAAACUGCACCAAGACCCUGAUCAGUGUCUGUACCCCAAACUUCACCCAGACCCUGAUCAGUGUCUGUACCCCAAACUUCACCCAGACCCUGAUCAGUGUCUGUACCCCAAACUUCACCCAGACCCUGAUCAGUGUCUGUACCCCAAACUGCACCCAGACCCUGAUCAGUGUCUGUACCCCAAAUUGCACCCAGAUUCUGAUUAGGGACUAUAAUAAAGCAUGGGACUGUAUCCCACACUGCAACCAAAUCCUGAUUAGUGACUGUACCCCAUACCCUGAACAGCACUUGAACCCCAAAACUUGAACUGCACCCGGCUCCUGAUUAGUGACUGUACCCCAAACUGCACCCAGAUCCUGAUUAAGGAGCAUAUCGCAUAGCAUGAGGAGGCUGUACACCACACUGCACCCAGAUUCUGGUCUGUGAAUGUAUCCCAAACUGCACCUGGAUCCCGAUCAGUGACUCUACCCCAAUCCUGAACUGCACCUGGAUCCUGAUGAGUGACAGUACCCCAAAUCCUGAACUGCACCUGGAUCCUGCUAAGUGACAGUACCCCAAACUCUGAAGUGCACCCUGAUCCUGAUCUAUUCCCUGCAGUAAAGUUUAGGAUCGGUCUAAAAUGAGAUGAAUACAGGAUUUACCUGCUGGGUAUUGAUACCCUGCAUGCUUCACUGACAAGUUAUAUAUCACAUGCUCCAGCCAUCAUGCCUUCCUUGCCAAACGAGCCUGAUAACCAGGCAUGUUCUGACUUCUCCCUUCGCACAGACCUGCCCUUUACGCCUUUGAAGAGUAAGAGAAAAUUUCGAAAGAAGAAGAAGAAAGGGGUAAUCACCGCUAACGUAUCAGGAACCAAGUAUGAAAUUGUCCGUAUAGUGAUUGAAGAGAUGCUGUAUGUAAAGGCCCGGGAUGAUGAUGAGACUGCAAAUAUUGUCUGGAAUGACUGUGCAGUACAGCAUGAAAAAAUCACUGAGCUCAGGAAUUAUCAAAGGAUAAACCACUUCCCAGGCAUGGGGGAAAUCUGUAGAAAGGAUUGUUUAGCGAGAAAUAUGACCAAAAUGAUAAAAUGUCAGCCUCAGGAAUACAACUUUGUUCCCCGAACUUGGAUAUUUCCUGCAGAAUAUACCCAGUUCCAAACCUAUGUCAAAGAAUUAAAGAGGAAAAAAAAAACGAAAACAUUCAUAAUUAAACCAGCUAAUGGAGCAAUGGGUCAUGGGAUUUCUCUGACACGGAAUGGUGAGAAAUUACAAGCUCAGGAUCACCUUAUAGUCCAGGAAUACAUUGACAAGCCCUUUCUAAUGGAAGGUUACAAGUUUGACUUGCGUAUCUACAUAUUGGUUACCUCUUGUGAUCCGCUGAGAAUAUUUAUUUACAACGAUGGGCUCGUUCGGAUGGGCACAGAGUCAUACAACCAACCCUCAGAGUCUAACUUAAACAAGCUAUACAUGCACCUAACGAACUACUCGGUUAACAAACACAACGAGAACUUUGAACGGGAUGAGACAGAGAAUCGCGGCAGCAAGAGAUCUAUCAGAUGGUUCAUGGAGUUCCUUCGUUCCAAUGACCAUGACGUGACAAAGUUCUGGAAUGAUGUUUCCGAGUUGGUUGUAAAGACUCUGAUUGUAGCUGAACCCCAUGUCCUCCAUGCAUAUCGGAUGUGCCGUCCAGGACAGCACCCCACCAGUGAGAGCGUCUGCUUUGAAGUAUUAGGAUUUGACAUUCUUUUGGACAAAAAAUUGAAGCCUUGGCUCCUGGAGAUCAAUCGAGCUCCCAGCUUUGGAACAGACCAAAAGAUUGACUAUGAUGUCAAGAAGGGAGUUCUGCUAAAUGCUCUCAAGCUUCUCAACAUCAGAGCAAGUGAUAAAAAGAAGAACUUGGCCAAACAGAAAGCAGAAGCUCAGAAGCGACUCUAUGGUCAGGGGCCCCUGAGGAGGCUAUCACCGGGGUCCUCAGACUGGGAGAAACAGCGCCACACCCUGGAGAGAAGGAAAGAGGAGUUGAAAGAGCGGCUUUGUCAAGUGCGGAAACAGAUAUCCCGGGAGGAAUAUGAAAACCGCAAUCUUGGUAAUUACAGGAGGAUCUACCCACCUGAUGAUAAAUUAUUAUUAGAGAAAUAUGAGGGUCUCCUUGCCACUGCCUUUCAGACAUUCUUGGCCGGACGGGCUGCUACUCUUCAGCGGGAGAUGAAUAAUCCUCUGAAAAGAAUGAAGAUUCACCAACAUUACGUUGCUUCUGCUUUACAGGAAGAAGACAUUUUGGAUCUUCUUGAACAAUGUGAGUUGGAUGAUGAAAAGCUGAUGGGGAAAUCCACUCGGCAAAAGGAACCACGGGCUCUUUCAUCCAUGCCGGAGAGUAUCCAGGCCUCUCGAAAACAGAAGAAUAGCUCUAGCAGUGACACAGGUGGCAGCGACUCUAGGAGUGGCUCAGAAACAGAACAGGAAGAUGAAAAUCGAAGAAAAGAGAAACAUGUUUCCUAUGAUUUGGAAGAGCACAAGUUUAAAUCACUAGAAAGAUCCAGUAGAUAUCACUAUCAGCCACCUAUUAAAAGCAGACCUUUUAUCCAUGCAUCGUCUCCAUCAUCUACAACUCCAAUCAGGCGUUCUGUCAGCUGCCCUCGCUCUAUAACCGCAUUAAAUGCACAAUCUCCAGUGCCGGAACAGCGUUCAUUCUCUUCCAAAAUACCUUCACAAAUCCAAAGACCAGCUUCAGGAAACAGAACAAAUUCUUUAAAUCGUAACUCGUCAUCAAACCGCUUACCGGCCACUAGUACGUGCAGCGGUUUAUAUUCAUCAGUGAAUGAAUCUGGGUUACAUCACUUCACAAAAGAACAGGAGGAUGAUCUGACAAGGCAGACAUUGGCUGUUCUCCGAGAUCUGAGAAUACGAUUUCCAGGAAAGGUGGAAGAGGAAACCUGUUCGAUCAUAGAAGAAAUAAUGGAUAACUGGAGAUAUCACAAACCAAAACUGGCUUCCUAUUGGUUAAUAAAAUUGGACUCUGUGACCCAAAGAAAGAUUUUAGAUAUUGUGAGAACAAAUAUUUGGACGGUUCUCCAGCGCAUCUGGAAGGUUUCGGAUGUUGAAUGUUUACAAAUAUAUCGCAGUUUCAAUCGGGUAUUUAACCGGCUACUCUGGAGUCACGGCCAAGGCUUGUGGAGCUGUUUCUGUAGCUCAGGGAACUCCUGGGAGCCAGUGAUCAGCCGAAAUACAGAAAUGAUCAGUCGUCAGCAGGUCCAGUGUUGCCAGCGAUUGGUCCAGCUCUGCAAAGAAUGUCUGCUGGUAGUCUACAAAUAUGCAACAGAUUCCAGAGGCGUUAACACAGACCGAGAUGACACAAGAUAUUUAUUACCCGUUCUGCCACAAUUCACCAUGAAAACCUCGUCUUCCAGUCUUGGCUGCGGCUCAUCUGGACCCCCACGAUCCACCAUCCUGUUUACUUCUCAAUUUAAACCAUACUAAAGUAAAAUGAACUUGUGCAUACCCUCUGUAAAUAAUAGCUUUUUUGGUUUGGUUUUUUAACCUAUUUCACAUGGUGCUAAGCAAAGCUAUAGUAUAGCACCGAUAGAAUGCAAUGAUUGUUCUGAACUAUGCUGAUUGGUUUACAAGAUUUGCAUAUGUUUUGAUUUUAAAUAGUUUGCAGGAAAUACUAUAGAUAUUUUCUUCUUAGAAAGUGUAUGAUGCAUAGGCAGACUUACUGAUUCAGUUAGAAAGCUAAUUUAUUUUGCUUGUACAAAGGGUGAUGUAAUUUAUAAUGUAUUACUGAUAUGUUGAAUGAGUAUUAGAAUAAGACUUUGGUGUACCCCAAGUACAUUAAAACUAAGACAUUGUAAUUGUCUUUUAGUCUUUUAGUUUUUUUUUAAUAUCCAUUUGCCUUACUACCACACAUCGACUUGUACUGAUUUGAUGAUCAUUUAUCAGGUUUUGAAUUUUUGGUUUUUUUUUUUAUCUGCAAUUCUGCAGUUCUAACCUUUGACCUUGUGCUAGUUCACAUCUGGUCAUAUUUUUUUGCCAGAGACAGAAAAUGUGUAAGAUUGACUCCAUUACCUGCGUGAUUGUGCCAAUCGUUAUUAUUUUUAAACCGAAUAUAGAAUAAACUUUUAUUUUUUUUUAGCUUUACUAAUUCUAUGAUGCAGUUAUGUCAGUUGUUUUUUUUUAAAGCAUAUUAAUUAUGUACAUGAAUUUACAAAUCAAGUUCGAGUUUAACACUCAAUGACGUGUGAUUUUAUUUGUGGGUCCUAUUUCAUCUAUGUUUGCUGCAUAUUUCUUAAUUGCCAAGUUAACACCAAGACAUUGACAUUGACAUGGAAAUGGUGACAUUUCGGCAUUAUUUGUCUGCGACAUGCAGAUUCUGAUGAGCACCUGUUUGUAGAACGUGUUAAACAAAACAAAGAAAUGUUUAAUUAAAUCCUGAAAAGGCCAAUACAACCGCUCAAAAUAAUUAACUCUAGAUGUCAUUCAUUCUGCUUUCCUUAAUGUGAGCAUUGUUGUCGAUAUAGGUUAUCCAGUGGUUCCCAAAACAGUCCUCAAUGUACCCCUACCAAACCAAGAUUUAGGGAUUACCCAGUUUUUCUUUUUUUCUUUAAAACAC